UAUUCUGCUAAAUAAAAUGUAAUGUUACAAAGACUCACUUCUAGCAGAACAGAUAUACAGCAAGAGACACAACUGAGGUGUUUAGAUCAGAACAGACGAAUGGUCUAGUUAAAGUGUAGCACUAAAUCAAACUGAGUAAGACUUUUAAAUUAGUGUCCAAGGUCACUUUGCAUCCAAUAUAGUUGAGCUUGAGCUGAUUUACAAAUAGGAACCUGUAGGGCUGGACACAAUCAAUAACAAUAUCUAUAGCGAGAGAAUCGAUAAUACGUCAUUAUUGAUUACUGAAUAAAUAAAGAAUAUUCACUGAGCUCCGAUCCAGAAUUGAACAGCAUUCUACAGGAUGUAGAUAGAGCUGGUCAACCUCUCACAGCAAUCAACUAACUCGCUCACUCUUUGGUUACCUAGCAACAACUUGCUGAUUAACUUGCGCAGCAGCAGUUUCAGGUUUCCUUGUCUCAUAACUGUUUAAAAAUAAUUAACAACGCCGUGGAGAGAAAGCUGGAUCAAACAGGAACACCACCAGUUUGGCAGUAUUUCAGAUAUUUAAAACUAAAAACUAAUCGGUAAUUAUCGGUAUCGACUGACAUGAAAUGCUUAUAUCGCAAUAUGUUUUUCCAGCACUAGGAAUAGGUAAAAAAAACAAACAAAACUUUAGCCUCGAAAUAAAUUUCACAUAUUUCGUAAAAACACGAUGGGAAACCCAUUAAAAUGCACGGAACCAUUCUACGUGUCUGGAUGAAGAUGUGUCGAAGAUGUAUUUAUCAUUUAUCGUGAAUUGUUUAUGAGCGCAUUUGUGAUCCUAAUUGAAUGUAUCUACGAGCUGAACGCGGUUCCUCUCUGAACAGCUGGUUUUUACUGAAAUCCAUACCGAAGUCCCCCCCAGCCCCUCCUCCAGAAAAACAGCGGGAUUUCCUGCCUGACAUGAGCCGUCGUUUUGUGGUUUUUAGCAACCAUGUUAUUACGCUCGUAAAUUUCCAGAAUCCCCUGAUAAAACAUGGAUUAUUAUUUGCUGACACCAUUCUUAGUGAUGCCGCAGGAUCCGCAAGAAUCGCGCGGCUCAUGCUGAAAAUAUGAGGCCACGCUUAAGCAGCUUCGCGUAGACUGACAGAAUCCCUUUCUAGUAAAUCUAAUGACUGGGUUUGCUGAUAUUCUUUGGAUUGGACCCAUUUUUCACAUCCAGAGGUACUUCUGCAGGGCUCUCUGCGAGGCAGGACUUCUGCAAGGAAAGGCUUGCAGAGUGUUGCAGCGAGGCGAUUGGCCAGCGUGAAGACCAAUAGUCUGCAGAGCUGAGUGUUAUUUGAACUCUCCUCAGACAGAACAGUAAAACCAGACAUCAUCUGACUUUUCUAAAAUUAUUCCCUGAAUGAGGAUCUACCGUUUGUGGACGUCUUUGGGAGUCUGCUGAUGCACCUGUUGACAGAGGAGAAACCCCGCGUGUUUGAGAAUGGACAAAUUUGCAGCGAUGAAGACUGAUGAUAAUCAGUUUUGUUUGGACAACUACAGAAGAGCUGAAGACAGAACCGGGCCGAACUGUGAAGACUCACCUCAGACGAGUUUAACAGACGGACAGAGCCCAGACAUGCAGCCGGCCGAGAAACUCCCUGCCUUGAAGUACAGAAGAUGCAGCUCUCCCAGGUCUCGUCUCGGUGGGGUGAAAGCUCGUCACAAAAGGCAGGUACUCCAGGACAUGGCUCGGCCGCUGAAACAUUGGCUGUACAAGCACCGGGACAAUCCUUACCCAACAAAAACCGAGAAGGUUCUUCUCGCUCUGGGUUCACACAUGACACUAGUGCAGGUUUCCAACUGGUUUGCAAACGCCCGGCGAAGGCUGAAGAACACGGUGAGGCAGCCAGACCUGAGCUGGGCGCUGAGGAUCAAGCUCUACAAUAAAUACAUCCAGGGAAACGCUGAGAGGCUGAGUGUGUGCAGUGACGAUACAAACUCGGACGACGAAGAGUGCACCCUACCGACUCCAAUCGCCCAAUCAAACUUUGGCGGCUCGUCUUACCGCCGAAGCCUGCUUGAGAAACAGGCCAGUGUCCUCGCCGGGGCAGACUGCUCCAACGAAGAUGACGGCACGUCUCCUCCGUCCAAGUACAAGAGCAGCUUGCUGAACCGCUACCUGAACGACACCCUUCGACACAUGAUGGCUGCAAAGGCUGACGCCAUUGCCUCCGCUCGCGGGAAGAGAUGCCUUUCCCAAUCGUUCAGCUCCAACGAAUGCGAUCGAGAUGUUGUCUCGCCGGAUUCUUCCUCCGAAGCCGAGGCCAACUUCAUCUACAGCAUGGAUACAACUGACAACACUUCAGUUAAAUGUUGCAGGGGCCAGCUGCAGAGCCGAAACCCAGCGAGAAAAGACGGCCAGGGCUGGAGGGAGAUCCACGCCGCCGUGGCCCUCACCAGCCUGGCCCAGGGCAAGAGCUGCAAGGCGGCGCAGAGCCCUGACCCGGCACCCGGCGCCGCCACGGGGCAGAGCCGCACCGCGGAGCCCUUCUCCGUAGCGAAAGCCAGCCUCACGGGCAGGCUGUGUGUGACGGGAGCCGUGUCGGCCCUGAAGCAGAGCGCCGGGGCCGCCCUCACCAGCCGCAUCAUCCAGAAAUCGUCUCACAUCUCCGAGGUCCAGACUGUCAAAGCCCCCCUGGCAAACACCGGGUAGGCACUGAACGCCGUGUUCCACUCGCCGCCAGCCAGAAGUGCCUCGUAGUGCACACAGUGUACAGGCCGAACGUUUUACACCUUUCUAAUUAUGUUAUAUACUGUAACAUCUAAUUAGUACCCAGAAGAGUGAAUCCAAAUAAUGUCUGCUUGCUUUGCUACGCCCUAYGUGACCUUCGUUUUCCAUAACUUAUAAGAACUGUCAGGACACCGGAGAAUCCUCCYGUGAUGAAGUUUUACAGCAGCCGUUUGAAUAAAGCCAAUGUGAAAACUU